CUCCAUCUUCUUGCUCACCUUCUCCAUCGUUCGGAUCCUUCACAAACCCUCAACACUCGGAAUAAUUUUUGCCAUCUCGAGCGGCGAGGCGGACCCAAAAUGCCAGCCCCGGCUCGCGCGUACGUGUUCGGGAGGGCCAACGAGGCGACCCACCCGGACUCCUUGAGGGCCACCCUGGCCGAGCUCCUCUCCACCUUCAUCUUCGUCUUCGCCGGCGAGGGCUCGGCUCUCGCUCUCGACAAAUUGUACCCGAUAGAUACCGGUGUAACUAGACCAGCAUCUUCGCUGAUAGCCAUUGCACUUGCACACGGACUAGCACUGUUCGCAGCAGUCGCAUCAAGCAUUAACAUCUCGGGAGGCCAUGUGAAUCCCGCAGUCACUCUCGGUGCCCUCGUCGGAGGGAGGAUCUCCUUUAUCCGAGCCAUAUACUAUUGGGUGGCUCAGCUCUUGGGUGCCAUACUAGCCUCACUGCUGUUGAGGCUCGUGACUGCCGGAAUGAGACCAGUUGGAUUCAUCCUUGGAUCAGGGGUGGGAGAAAUGAACGGGCUGCCUGAAAUAGUCAUGACAUUCGGGCUGGUCUACACUGUCUAUGCAACAGCGAUCGACCCCAAGAGGGGCAGCCUGGGAAUCAUAGCCCCGCUCGCCAUUGGUCUGAUUGGCAGCAACAUCCUUGUGGGCGGGCCAUUUGACGGGGCAUCCAUGAACCCGGCCCUUGCGUUCGGACCAGCCCUGGUCGGGUGGAGGUGGAGGCACCACUGGAUCUACUGGCUCGGCCCGCUUAUCGGAGGAGCUCUUGCAGGGUUGAUAUACGAGUACCUGGUGAUACCAACUGAGGCACCACUCCACACUCACCACCAGCCCUUGGCUCCUGAGGACUACUAGCCAGGUCAUGUGGGUUCAGUUUAGCUCUGAGUUAUGCCUGUUGA